AUGCAACAAGUACUAGGCACUCCAACAAUUUGUGCCCGCUCUGCUCAAACUUGUGACCUCCUCAUAGACUAUCUAAUACGAAACGUUGCGCCACACAGUACCGAAGACACUACCAGCAAGAAUGAAACCAGCGACGAGGUUGAUGGGAGCGCAACACUGGAACAAAACCUUCAGUGGCCCCUCGACAACGACGAACCAGCGUGCGCCUCUUACAAUCCAAGCGUCCUCCGCAGCCUGAGUGACAAGGAGCUCUUCUGCAUCUGCACCAUGGCCGAUGAAGUCAACAAGCUUUCAUCCACGCGUCUGGAUCUACAGGCGUUCACAGCAAAGGUGAGGACAGUGGCUGACAAAGCCCGGUCCCACAAAAUCCCCGACCGUCCACAUCCAGGUUAUGCAACAUGGGCUUCCGCAGUAUCAUGGAUGGGCAAGCUUCAGGGGCAGCAUGCCGCUGCAGAGACAGAGCUUCAGCCUGGGCCGCUCCUACAGGGUCUUACAAUGCCGCCGGAGCAUUUAGUCAAACCGAUCGAAGACAUCAGUAGUCCCAUUGUCGCCUUCGUCUCGUAUCCUACAAAGGAUAAGACGAGUACGAUGCACAUUGAUUGGGCCACUGUCGACGACAUGACCAACAUGUAG